AUGUUCAUAGCUAAGUGUACCGUGAUAUUCCUCUGCAUCCUGCAAUCACAAGCCAAAUUUUACGAAACAGAUGUAGGUCCAUACGGCUACGGCCGCUACAGCACACACGAAUACGACCCCGACGUAGGAUAUCCAUACGGUCUUAGCUACAAGAAGUACCCAUACCAGGAUAUAGUAGUACCAAAAGUUGUUGAAUACGAAGGUAAAGUUCCUGGACCGAUAGGACUCGAAUAUGAGUCUGCAGGAGGAUUGGGCUACCCGGCUGGAGGAUAUGGAAAAUUGGGAUACGGAGGCUAUGGAUACAGACCCUUCGUCGGUGCUCCUGUUGGAAUUAGCAAAGGAAUAGGUUAUGGCUAUGGUCCAGGAAUUGGCUAUUCUCAUAUUGCUCCGUACGGACCGGGAGUACUUGCCCACCAUGGACCUUACGGUAUUUCCCAAGUUGACAAAGGAAUCUACAGUGAUGGAAAACAAAACGUUGUAGGAGAACAUUACAAUCACUUGAAUGGACAUAACGGAGAAUCUUUGAAUCACGGAGAUGCUGGAUAUAGCGCUGGAGAAGUAGCUCUUAAAGAUAUUAAGGGAGAUUCAGCUCAUUUCAUAGAUUCUGAUGGGCUUAAGAGAGGACACCACGAAGGAAAGAACUUUUAUGGUGGAGAACAUUUUAAUACUGAAGGAAAACAUGGCAACGAAAGAACAUUAAACGCGAAUCACAACAAAGGACACAACAUUAAAGGCUUUAAGAAAUCUCAUCACUUAGACGAAACGGGUAAAACUGAGGAAUUCUAUGAUCAAGAUCAUGAUGAAGGUGGCAAUUAUGCUUUCAAUGGUAAAUUUGGAAAAUUCGGUGAAGGAGGUGGAGAAGCUUUCAAAGGAGGUUUCAAUGAUGGAAGAUUUAAAUCAGGCGAAGCUACUAAAGAAGGCCAUUACGGCAACGAAUACUUCCAAGACAAGGCCCAAGGAAACCAUGGAAAAUUCGGCGGAAACAAAUUUGCCCAAAAUGAACAGGCUUAUGGACUUAACAAAGGAUUUGGAGAGCACGGGUUGAGUGGACAACAUGAAAAUAGCAGGUUCUACAAGAAUUUCCCGGAAUAUGGAUAUUACUAGACAAUUUAAUAUCUUAGAAAAAACAGUGAAACAGUUUUUAUAUUUUAUUAGACGAGUGAAAAGCAAAUAACGGUGUUCUCAGGAUCUCAGUAUUCAAUAAAGACUUAGUUUGAAUAAUGACGUAUAAAAAAGUCUUAAUAAUUCAUCUUACUGCAAUAUUUGCC